AGCACAUCGGCUCGCGCGAGGGUGUCUCCAACAAGAUUGACGCCGACACUCGGGUGCGCAUCGACGAGAUGAACCGGGCCCUCAGCUCUCACAAGGAAUUCGUCAUCAAGGACGUGCUCGAGUACGUCUAUGCCAUCAAGCUGGAACUGCACAAGAACUACCGCCAGUAAAGAGGGCGUGCGUGUGCGUGUGUGCCAUCUGGUAUAAACUGCCCAAAAACAACGGAUGCACGACCGCAGCCCAGCCCAGCCCAGCCCCGGAGAUGAGGAAGAGGAGGAUAAUUUUCGAUCAUUUGCAUCCGCGUCGCAACCGGCUUCGAUUUGAAUUCGUUGCCGGUUUGGUGAAACUGUAAACCAUUGCUAACAUUCCCUGGCGCCGAUUGUACAGUACUUUUCUCGCUCGUUUUUUUUUUGUUUUUCAUACUUUUUGUUUUAAAAUUUGAAAUGCAACAGAUGCGAUGUGGUGUCAUGGCGAUACCAUAUCACUAUAUUUAUAGUAUUAAGUGAAACGUAAGAUCAUGCAAGAAGGAAACGCUCUAGGUUAAGAAUAAUAAAUUAAGGAAACCAA